AUGUCUACACUUCGUACACUGGUCUUAUAUUUUGCUCACGACAGUUCCAUAAAGAUGGAUAUGUGGACAGAAUAUUUUAAUUCAAUGCCUAUUUUAAAUCGUCUUGAAAUUAAAGCACAUAGUGAAAUUUUUGAUGGAAAUGCAUGGAAGAUCUUAUUGGAAACAUCAUUGCCAUUACUAACUCAUUUUACUCUUCGAACAACUACAUUUCGCGUAGAAAAAGCUGACGUUUACAAUGCGCUCGCUUCAUUUCAGAGCUCAUAUUGGAUAUCAAAAAAAAAAUUUUCAAUAUAA